UACACGCCCUGGUGGAAAGGAACUUUCAGUUUCAGUAGCUCCACAUGCUAGGAGAGAAACGCCAUGGCUGACAACAUCCUCAGAGCAAAGAGGAAGCAGUUCAUCAAUUCAGUGGGUGAAGGAACAAUAAAUGGCUUGCUGGAUGAACUCUUGGAGAAGAAAGUCCUGAACCAGGAAGAGAUGGAGAGAAUAAAAUUUGUAAAUGAUACUGUUAUGGACAAAGCACGGGACCUGUGUGAUACUGUCAUCAGGAAAGGUCCCCAAGCAAGCCAAAUUCUACUCACUUACAUUUGUGAUGAAGAUGUCUACCUGGCAGGAGUUCUCCAACUCUCCUAGAAAUGAAGAUGUGAUCUGAUGCACUACAGUCAUUUCAAAGAGCUGCUUCCAGAGU